UUUAUUUAAUACUUUUCUGGCCUGUGACGGAGCGGAGCUCUCCAUUACCUGAAAUUUGUUUGAUUUCCCCAAUUAUUCGUUUAGAUUUUGGCGAUCAUCGAUGGGUGGAGCCGUGGAGAAUUCCGAUGUAGAUUCUGAAACCGCCCUUCUCGUCGGCGCUGCAACCGCCGACAAGAUUCCGAGCGACCCUUUCAACUUGACUUACAUCACUUACUUCUUUUUGGGUGUGGGUUGUCUUCUCCCAUGGAACAUCUUCAUCACCGCCGUCGAUUAUUUUUCGUUUAUUUAUCCAGAAACCCGAGUGGAUCGAAUCUUCGCCGUCGCGAACCUUCUUGUGGCUCUGAUCGGACUUGUUUUUGUGGUUCUCUACUCUCACAAAUCCGUUGCUCGGGUUCGAAUCAACGUCGGUAUGAUUAUCUUCACGGUGGCUCUGCUCCUCGUCCCGGUCUUGGAUUUGUCUUAUAUUAGAGGUCGGGUUGGACUGUAUAAUGGCUUCCACGUCACUGUCGGAUCCAUCGUGCUGUGCGGUGCCGGCGACGCGCUUGUCCAAGGCAGUGUUGUUGGCUGCGCCGGUGAACUCCCGGAGCGGUAUAUGCAGGCAGCUGUUUCCGGAUUCGGUGCAGCUGGAGUACUGGUGUCGGUGAUGAGGAUCGUAACCAAAGCCAUUUACCCACAAGACGCUCAUGGCUUGCGACAGAGUGCGAAUCUCUACUUCGCUGUCGGAAUUUCCAUCAUGAUUCUGUGUAUUGUCUUGUACAAUCUUGCAGCUAUGCUUCCAGUAGUGAAACAUUUCGAGAGCAUUAAGAAGCAAGAGAAAGAAGAACAUGGUGAUCGGCUAUUUGGGUCCAUGGAUAAAUCGACUCUGUGGGAUAUAAUUAACAGAGUAAAAAUCUACGCAACAGGGUUGGUACUCAUCAAUGUUGUAACUCUGUCUAUAUUUCCUGGAUUCAUUACAGAAGAUGUGCAUUCGGAGAUCUUCAAAGAUUGGUAUUCAGCUCUUCUGAUUACUGGGUACAAUGUGUUUGAUCUAAUUGGGAAGUAUCUUUCAUCGGUUUAUGUGAUCGAAAACCCGAGAACCGCCUUCGGCAGCUGCAUCGGGAGGCUGGUGUUCUAUCCCCUGUUCUUGGGUUGCUUGCAUGGUCCGGAGUUUCUUCGAAGUGAGGUACCUGUGAUUGUUCUUACGUACCUUCUUGGGCUUACUAAUGGGUACUUGACGGCGGUGAAUUUGAUAUUGGCACCCAAAGCAGUGGCGUUUGAAUAUGCAGAGAAAACAGGGGUUAUAUUGGUUCUGUUCUCCUUCUCUGGUUUGGCUAUUGGCUCUGUUGUUGCUUGGUUUUGGGUCAUUUAGUUGGGUAUAAUUACAAAGGUUGUUGUUGUUCAUAACUUUAUGUAUUGCUACAAUUAAGAAUCUGUUCUACAAAACCUGUUCAUAUUUAAGAACAGAUGCAGAAUUCAUUAUCGUCU